AAAAAAAAAAAAUUCGCCCAUUCGUUUGACUUAACUUUUGUACAUUUCGCGUGAUCGACACUAUCGAUAUGAUACUACAACUUCAGAAGUUUAGCCGGAUGCAACGAUUUGUGUAGGAAAUAUGCUCCGUGUGUGUGUGUGUGUGUGUGCGUGUGUGUGUGUGUGUGUGUGUGUGUGUGUGUGUGUGUGUGUGUGUGUGUGUGUGUGUGUGUGUGCGCGCGCGCUGGAUGCUUAUCUUUGUGUAGGAAAUAAAUUAUGACCGACUAUGUGUAAGAAAUGUGACUACUACAACUUUUAUAGUUUUGUAGAUGUGACUUCGCCGCUUCAGACUCUUCCUUCCCUAAACUGUAAAGGCUACCACGGCUUCAAAAUUCUGGCAUCAGGCGGGAGAUGGGCGGUGAUUAACGCAUCCAUUAUCUCACAAAAUUACUGGGAGGGAGGAGAGUGGGGAGUGCGGACAGGUAGCCAGUUAAGACAAGUGUGCUGCCAUACACGCCCUCCCUCCCCUCAGUCCUCUCCUCGCUUGUGUCACGUCAUUACCUGACUGGGACGUGAAUAGUUUUGUGAGGAAAGCAGCAGUGAUAUAUAGUAUAGUGACCAAGUGAGUGAGAAGCAAAACGAUUAAUCUUCAAUAGGCCAUCGAUUUCUUAAGAGGGAGUAUAAACUGACCUCCUUACUUAUAUACUACUGCUACUGCUACUACUACUACUGCCGCACAUUUCCCUUCGUUAAACUGCCACUAAUAAGCAAAAUGGAGUUACACACUUAAUUGGCCGGAGCGCAGCAUCACCGUCUAGCUUUCCUCGUACUUUUUCCUUUCCUGUGGUGGGUAGGUGCGGUGUUUGCUUUCCCGGUUGAGUCACCCCAUCACCCAACGCAGGCAUGGAGGGAGAGGUCAGCCCCCUACACGCCAAAAAACAGAAUGGCCUCAUAAAUGGAGUCAUUGACAAUGAUUAUGGAGGGACAGACAACAGCAACACUACUGAACCUCUGGAGAGAACAUCAGAAACUGCAGAGAAUCUAGCAAAUGAGGCAAGGGACCAGUGGGACCGCCCUGUAGAAUUCAUCAUGGCUUGCAUGGCCACCUCCGUCGGGCUGGGCAACGUGUGGAGGUUCCCAACAGCCGCCUUUGAUAAUGGUGGCGGCGCCUUCCUCAUCCCUUACCUAAUUGUCCUAACCUUGAUUGGAAGGCCACUCUACUUCCUCGAGCUUGUGAUUGGUCAGUUCUCCUCGUCCGGCAGCAUUAGGGUGUGGGAGACGGUGCCUGCAAUGAAAGGCAUUGGGUACGGACAGAUGAUUGCAACUUGGUAUGUGGUAACGUACUACUCCUUCCUCAUGGGACUGACGGUUUUCUACCUGGGCAUGUCCUUCUCUGACAUCUUGCCGUGGUCAGUGUGCGACAAAGACUGGGCAGACGAGAACUGUGUUGAUUUUACCUCGCGCAGCUUGGGACGAAGCAACAACUCACAGUCAUCUGCAGAGCAGUACUUCUUCAACUAUGUCCUGCAGCUAAAGGAUGACAUCACAGACGGCAUUGGUCUUCCUGACUGGCGGCUGGUGUUGUGUCUACUCUUCUCCUGGCUGCUACUCUUCCUCACACAGGCCCAGGGUAUCAAGUCCUCAGGCAAGGUGGCAUACUUCACAGCACUGUUUCCCUAUGUACUGUUGGUGUCACUGAUGAUUCACGGCGCCCUCCUGCCCGGGGCUGUGGACGGGAUGCUCUACUUCAUCACCCCACAGUGGACGCGGCUCCUUGAUUCACAAGUGUGGUUCGCAGCGGUCACACAAGCUUUCUUCAGCCUCGGAAUUGGGUUUGGUACCCUCAUCCACCUGGCCUCCUACAACUCCUUCUCCCAAAAUGUAUACAGGGUUACAUGGAUCAUCAGCAUCAUAGACACCUUUACUUCACUGCUUGCUGGCGUUACUAUUUUUGCCAUCCUCGGAAACCUCGCUCAUGAGAUUGAUGUGGAGAUUGAAGAUGUGGUGAGAAGUGGGAGUGGUCUGGCCUUCAUCUCAUACCCUGAAGCCCUUGCCAGGUUUACCUUUGCCCCACAGCUGUUCUCAGUGCUCUUCUUCAUGAUGCUGCUCACCCUCUGUGUGGGCUCCAUCCAGGGCCUUUUAGGAUCUAUCAUCACCGUCAUUACGGACGAGUGCCCUGCCAGGUGGACACUUCUUGUCACCAUCGUUGUCUGUGUUGCCACAUUCCUUGCCAGCCUCUUCUACACCACACCAGGCGGUCUGUGGAUACUGAGUCUGAUGGAUUAUUUUGGAGGGAGCUUCAUCAUUUUUGUGCUUGCCAUCUUUGAGUCUGCGACCCUCAUCUACAUAUAUGGACUGAAGAAAAUAAUCCAAGAUGUCAAGUUCAUGCUCAACAUUGACCUGGGAUUCUACUGGAAAAUCACCUGGGGACUGUGCCCGGUGCUGCUGCUGGGCAUCUUCACCUACAGCAUGGUGUUCCUGGACCUGCCCACUGUUAGGGAUGAACUAUUCCCAGAUAUUGCUUAUGUUUGUGGGUUUUUCUUCGCCAGCCUUGGUAUGGCCAUGGUUCCUAUUGGUUUCUUUUACUCCCUGGCCCACACACAAGGGAAGACAGUGCGCGAGAAAUUCAAUAUCAUGUUAAGCCCUACUGACAAAUGGGGGCCCAAGCAAGAAGUUCACAAAAAGGAGUGGGAAAAGAUAAAAUAAAUGAAGAAAGAGGCGAUGGUGAUAUUAUGGGGAAAAAGAGUGAACAAGAGAAGCAGAACAGUCAAGAGAAAAGACCACAGAGGGAGACGCCAGAGCAGGAGAAAAACAAUGGGGAAAGAAAACAAAAAGAUGUAUAUAAUGAAGUGAAAUCAACGGAAAUAAAAGACAACAACAAGAGAACCAGAACAGAAGUCAAGAGAAAAGACCACAGAGGGAGAUGCCAGAGCAGGAGAGAGACAAUGGGCAGAGAAAAUAAAAAGAUGUAAUGAAGUGAAAUCAACGGAAAGAAAAGACUGAACAAGAAGAGAAACAGAACACAAGUCAAGAAAAAGACCACAAUGGGAGAUGCAGGACGAAAAACAGCAACAAAAAAAAAAAAAAAAAAAGCCAGUAUGGGAAAAGCUAAGUUAAAG